AUGAGAGCCUUUCCCCGCCCUCUUCUCGCCCCACGGGUAUAUAAAUGCAGCUGUUUGCACACCCAGCCAGCAGAAGCUCCCUCAGCGAGGACACCAGGGCACCGGCCAGGAGAGAGAGAAGCAACUCCAGACCCCCUGCAAAUAACCUCUCAGACGACACACCCCCAGACAAGCAGCCAGGCGAUUCUCUCCCUCUAAUACCCACUGCCCCAGGGCUCUACCAUCUCCCAACUGGACCGAGCCCCUCUGGGAAGAACGCCAUGAGCACUGAAAGCAUGAUCCGGGACGUGGAGCUGGCCGAGGAGGCACUCCCCGAGAAGGCAGGGGGCCCCCAGGGCUCCAGAAGGUGCUUGUGCCUCAGCCUCUUCUCCUUCCUCCUGGUUGCAGGGGCCACCACGCUCUUCUGCCUGCUGCACUUCGGAGUGAUCGGCCCCCAGAGGGAAGAGCUCCCAGAUGGCCUCCAACUAAUCAACCCUCUGGCCCAGACAGUCAAAUCAUCUUCUCGAACUCCAAGUGACAAGCCUGUAGCUCAUGUUGUAGCAAACCCCGAGGCUGAGGGGCAACUCCAGUGGCUGAACCGGCGUGCCAAUGCCCUCCUGGCCAAUGGUGUGGAGCUGACAGACAACCAGCUAAUAGUGCCAUCAGACGGGCUGUACCUCAUCUACUCCCAGGUCCUCUUCAAGGGCCAAGGAUGCCCUUCCACCCAUGUGCUCCUCACCCACACCAUCAGCCGCUUCGCCGUCUCCUACCAGACCAAGGUCAACCUCCUCUCUGCCAUCAAGAGCCCUUGCCAAAGGGAGACCCCAGAGGGGACUGAGGCCAAGCCCUGGUACGAGCCCAUCUACCUGGGAGGGGUCUUCCAACUGGAGAAGGGUGAUCGACUCAGCGCUGAGAUCAACCUGCCUGACUAUCUCGACUUUGCCGAGUCCGGGCAGGUCUACUUUGGAAUCAUUGCCCUGUGAGGGCGCGGGACGUCCAUCCUUGCCCACCUCAACCCCUUUAUUAUCUACUUCCUCUGACCCCCCCCACCCCCUUCUGGCUUAGAAAGAGAAUUAGGGGCUCAGGGCUGGGCCCCAAGCUUAGAACUUUAAACAACAA